CGAAACUGUAAGGAUGCAUAGGAAGUAAACACGAUGAAUGACUCUGACAACAGCAACACUGAGAAGAACAUUGUUGAACCUAUCCAUGUCGUAGUCGCAGGGAGCACAAUUGCUGGCAUUGGCGCUGUUGUCACAGCCACCCUCACUUAUCGCGCUGGUACAAAGGAUUUGAUUGACGACGGAAUAAACCCAGGCAGCAGGUUGCGUAUAAUUCCAGUCGCGGCGCGGGCGCUUGCACUUAGCACUGUGCUAACAGGUUUGCUGGGGUUCACGGGCUACUAUGUUCUUAAGGAGCAAGGCUUUUUUAGUACUGAUCGGGCGGAGCUUCCUUCUGUAAAGGAGGCUGCUGACGUCCUUCGUAACCCACGGGACUUUAUUAGUCAGUUUUCAAGGAGCACCAACGAGAGAAAAUGUGGACAAGAUAACAAGCUUUCCCAUUCAAGCACGGCCUAAGAGAUUAAAUAACCAGGAAUGCUAUCAUAACGUCCACAUAGAGGGUCACUUUCCCACAAGCUUGGUGGAAUAUGGUCGCCAAGUAGUAGCUUCCGUCUUAUUUGUCCAUGUAAUGGAAACGCUACGGUUG